GGGGGGCGGGCCCGGCCGGCUGGCGAGGCGGGAUCGGGACCGGCGGGGGGACCGGGAGCGGGAGCGGGAUCGGGAUCGGGACCGGCGGGGGGACCGGGACCGGGAUCGGGAUCGGGAUCGGGAUCUAGCCGCUCUCUCCCUCGCAGACGCAGCGAUGAGCGGGGCCGGGGCGGCGGCGGACGACCGGGCCGCCUUCGUGGGCUUCUUCCCGCAGAUCGUGCGCGACCUGACGGCGGAGCUGGGGCACCCGGAGGUGGGCGACGCCGUGGCGCGCCUCAAGGAGGUGCUGGAGUACAACGCGCCGGGCGGGAAGCACAACCGCGGGCUGACGGUGCUGGCGGCCUUCCGCGAGCUGGCGGGCCCCGAGCGGCGCGACGCCGAGAGCCUCCGCUGCGCCAUGGCCGUGGGCUGGUGCGUGGAGCUGCUCCAGGCCUUUUUCCUGGUGGCCGAUGACAUCAUGGACUCGUCCCUCACUCGCCGGGGGCAGCUCUGCUGGUACAAGAAGGAGGGGAUUGGUUUGGAUGCUGUCAAUGAUGCCUUCCUGCUGGAGUCAUCCGUCUACAGGCUGCUGAAGAAGUACUGUGGGGAGUGCCCCUACUACCUGCACUUGCUGGAGCUUUUCUUGCAGACCAGCUACCAGACUGAGCUUGGGCAGGCCCUGGACCUCAUCACUGCUCCCAUUUCCCAGGUGGAUUUGAAUCGCUUCAGUGAGCAGAGGUAUAAAGCAAUUGUUAAGUACAAGACUGCAUUCUACUCCUUCUACCUCCCAGUGGCUGCUGCUAUGUACAUGACUGGUAUUGACAGUGAGGAGGAACAUGCCAAUGCCAAAGCAAUCUUGCUGGAGAUGGGUGAAUUCUUCCAGGUCCAGGAUGAUUACUUGGACUGCUUCGGGGAUCCAGAGUUGACAGGGAAGGUUGGCACUGAUAUCCAGGAUAACAAGUGCAGCUGGCUGGUGGUGGAGUGUCUGCGUCGGGUCACACCAGAGCAGAAGCAGAUCCUGGAGGAGAACUAUGGUUGUAAGGAGCCAGAGAAGGUGGCUAAGGUGAAGGAGCUCUAUGAGACUUUGGGCAUGAGGGCUGUUUUUCAGGAAUAUGAAGAGAAUAGCUAUCAACAUCUACAAGAACUGAUCAAGAAGCAUGCGAACCAGCUCCCCAAGGAGAUCUUUCUUGGCCUGGCUCAGAAGAUUUAUAAGCGUCAGAAGUGAUGGGGCUAGUGGGCUCUGUCAUUCUAAGAAAAAAGGAACUGUCUUGUCCUUCAUGAAGAAGGCCUUUUAGCAAACAUGCACUGCUGUCUCUGCCCUCUGUGCAUGGGCUCUCAGGGGCUGUGGUGAACCAUGAACCAUUCAGUCUCCUACCUUGGGGUGCAGGGCUGGGGCCAGGCCCGGGGGGGUGCAGCAGCCCUGCUGGGGCUGCCGGGGUCUGUGUGUCAAUAAAGAUAACUUAUUGGCA